AUGCCCAAACGGCGUCUUUUCCGUUGGCCAGCCCCCCGGACUGCUGGGCUGACGUUGCUGGCUCUGCUGUUCAGUACCAUCGCACUGUUCCUCUAUGGUGGCGGUUCAUUUCCUGUGACCCCGCAUCUUCGAGCAAAGCAAGAACAAGAAUCGCAGCGUAACCAGGCCAUUCGCCAACUUGCCGACCUCACAGCGACUUAUAGCAAUUUUAGUCGAGUCGGGUUGAUAUUAGCAGCGACGAAAUCUGACGAUCUCCAAUGGCUUUUAGAUUACUGCAAAGAACGCGGACCUGAAACAAUCCCAUUUAUCUAUAGCACCGACGAUAAACCUGACCCUCGCCUUCUAAUCCCUCGCACAAACCGAGGCCGCGAGGCCGCCGCAUACCUCUCCUACGUCGUCGAUCACUACGACAACCUCCCUCCCUACUCGAUCUUCAUCCAUUCCAACGUCGAGCAAUGGCACAACGAUCUCUUUGGUUCUGAAAUGCCUGCGACGCUGCGCAAUGUCCGCCUUGAUGCCGUCGAUGCGAUGGGCUACGUUAACCUCCGGUGCAAGCAUGACCCGGGGUGCCCAACGAGCGUCCACCCUUGGAACCCAACGCAAAUUGAUAUUGACGGGAACGACAUCCGCGCGUUCUUCCCGGAGGUCUACAAAAUAAUCUUCAACGUCGGAAAAGAAAAGGUUCCUGAGCAUAUCGGGAAUGUAUGCUGUGGACAGUUCGCCGUCAGCCGCGAGCGCAUCCUCCAGCGACCAAAAGCCGACUACGAGCGCAUGCUGAAGUGGGCGGCGGAAACGAAACGCACGGAUAGCUUCGGAGUUGGCUGGGUGUAUGAGAAGAUCUGGCAUAUUGUUUUUGGGAUGGAAGAGAUCUACUGUCCCCGAUACGAGCAAUGCCGUUGUGACGUUUACGGAUGGUGCGGACCACUAGCGGACACAGGCGAGACACUGCAGGCAGUGCGCGCUCCGGCCUCACCAUGGACAACAUGA